AUGUCUCAGAAGAGCAAGACGGGUCUAAGCCGCCUUUACCAGAUCCUGGAAGAUAAAAAUGCAAUAUUUAACAGGCUUAUCGAAGGAACUCUGUCAUUAGGCAGCAGCAAUCUCUUAAACAACCUUAUGAUUGCACAAGGCACCCUUCGUGAUUACGGUCAUUUCCGAGAAUCUGACGCUCUGACCGAUAUCCUUAUUACAUGUGCACAACCUCCCGAGCUGGGUGGGCUAGGUCUUACGGAACAUACUGAUCCUACAGAAGACCAAGAGUCGGAGGUUCUAUUUCUGGUUUCAGCAUGGUGGGAAUCGCUGAAUUCGGCAGACAGGGCCAAGUCAUUUCCCGCGUCGCUGUCUGUCCGCCCUAAAGGCCGAAGGGGCAUGACCCUGAGCGAGAAGAUCUUCUCAUUACACGAUAUUGAUCGGCGGGGGUCAGUAGCUCCAGGCGACCUCAUACGAGUUGAUGUAGAUUGGGUGAUUGCAUCCGAAGCCUCUUGGGCAGGCAUGGAGUCAACGUACAACCGACUCAGGAAGCCAGGAAUCUUUCGUAAUGACCGCUUCUGGCUCGCAGGAGAUCAUGUAGUUGAUCCGCGGGUCAACAACCUCCCAAAGGUUCAGGCAUUGAUCGAUGCGAGUGAAAGAGCAAAGCGAGUGUUUAAGUUGACAGAAUACCAAGGGAUGAAUGAGUUGGGUGGCAUUACUGGAGUCUUCGUCCCGGAUAUCCUUACACAAAGCUUCAUACAAAAGCGCAGAAAUCCACGCCACAAGAGCGCAAGUAUCUAUAUGAAGCCAGAUGACGAUGCGCAAUACGUUGAAACUCACGAAAUUGAUCUCAGCAAAGUGCAAUCCUUCAUAGCAAAGUAUCCUCGGCCGGAUGAUGUUGUUCCCGUUGUUGUUUGUGAAGGCAUGAAGUUGGACGGUUGCUUUAUUGGAGCCUGUACCACUGCCGAAGAAGAUCUCAUACUAGCCGCCUUAGUACUUGAACAGGGUCUGAAAGGAUCAAUUGGACACCUCGGGUCUGCUGCUACUGUUGCUGCAUCCUCGUUUGAGAUGAGGGUUACUGAUCCUACCUAUCUCCUGGAUGCUAUCGACACAGAGCAAUGGGACAAGCUUCGACGACAUAGAGCUUCUAUUGUCCCAGAAGAUGCCUGGACCCAGAAUGUAGAAUAUAUGGAACCGAGCGAGCCUUCGAGGCCUUGCUGUGAAAUCCAGAACAAGGAACCAACCAUUAGAAGCAUACCGGCUGCACCACCGGCUGCACCACCGGCUGCACCACCGGCUGUGAAGCAUGAGGCUCUGACAGGAAAGGUCCAAAUCCUUGGAGAUUUUAUAGAUACAGAUGCUCUUGCACCAGCUGAGUUCUUGGUCGACAUGGCAACUAAUGAGGCAGCUGGAGAGUAUUGUUUGCAACAUACACACCCAAAGUUCCGUGACCGCGUUAAAAAGGGUUUUAAUGUCGUGGUUGCCGGCAAGGCCUUUGGCUGUGGGUCAUCUCGGGAACAGGCUGUCAUGGCAUUGCUGGGGUGUGGUAUUAAAUGUGUGAUUGCCCAAAGCUUCGCUUUCAUCUUUCAGCGCAACAUGCCAAACCUUGGACUCCUUGGCAUUACUAUAGCAGAGAAAUCAUUCCAUGCAGCCGUCGAGGAUGGAGCUGAGAUCGCAAUUGACUUCGACGAUGGCAUUAUUAACAUGGAUGGAAGAACAUUCAGGUUUAAUCUCAGUCCAAUGGAGAGAGAGCUCUUUCAUCAUGGUGGUAUUGCCUCCGCCUUUAGAAAGUUUGGUAAUAACUUGUUUGAAGCGAUGAUGGAGGGAAAGGGUCUAACGCCUGGUCGUGGCAUUGUAAAUCAUGUUGAUUCACGCCCCGAGCUGCAGUGCUUCCCGGAACUCCGCUGGACUCCUCCUCCGAAGGUCGAAGUCAAAGAGUAUAUCCUGAUUUCCGAGGAUAUCGACCCGCCCAUUCCUCGCUUCGUUGUCAUGCAUGGGCUGUUCUAUGCCAUUCCACCUGCGAUUACGGGUGUGCUCCCAGACGACACUGAGCAAGACACAAACACAAAAGAGCAUGUUACUCGGUCUGGCUGGAGAUACGUCCCCAACCUUCUCGGAAGCUCAUACAUCGGACCUGCCCCUCCUUUAGGACAUGGCGCUCAUCGAUACAUCUUUACCGUCGUUGCCCUCAGCGAGCCCCUUCGGUUCGAUCGUUUGCAAGGAGUCAGCCAAAGGCAGGUUACAAAAGCAAUGAUUGGCAAAGUCGUCGGAUGGGGUCAGUGGAUUGGGCACUUCGAACGCCCCUGGCCUAGUUAG